AUGGAAGAGGAACCAUACCUAGAGAUUUACUUAGACCAGUGCAUGAAUCAGGAUGAGCUUGCCUCUACCAGCUCUCAUCUCUUCAGCCCUAUUGUGCCAUAUGAUUCAUACUUGCAUAUUUCAUCUAAUCAAGAGACUUUUGCUUCUCAUCCUGAAUCUUCCAAAGAACCUUCUACUGAUUUUUCGUCUGUGGACCUUAGCUUCCUGCCAGAUGAACUUAACCAAGACAACACAGAGCAGAUUCUCACUGAAAAGAAACAAGAAGUAGAAGGAAACCAUGAAAUACAAGGAGAUCUAUCUAAGUUACAGUCACUACGUGAGAAGAACAGGGGUGGCAUUUGCACAGACAACUUCAGUUUGUCAAAUUUUGGGUUGAACCCACUAUCAGAUGAAAAUUCAACUCUGCCUUCUCCAAAGAAUUCUAGCUCUGGCCUCUUUCCUUUGGCAUCCAUGACUCCACUAAUGCCAAUGACCCCUGUUUCAGAAGGCUCUGGAAUAGUUCCCCAAUUGCAGAACAUUGUAUCCACUGUAAACCUGGCUUGUAAAUUAGAUUUGAAGAAAAUAGCUUUGCAUGCUAAAAAUGCAGAAUAUAACCCAAAGAGAUUUGCUGCUGUGAUAAUGAGGAUUCGAGAGCCCAGGACAACAGCACUUAUAUUCAGUUCUGGGAAAAUGGUCUGCACAGGAGCCAAAAGCGAAGAAUUGUCUCGACUUGCAGCAAGGAAAUUUGCCCGUGUGGUUCAAAAGCUUGGAUUUCCUGCCAGAUUUCUGGAUUUUAAAAUCCAGAACAUGGUUGGAAGCUGUGAUAUGAGGUUUCCAAUUAGGCUGGAAAGCUUGGCGCUCACCCAUCAGCAAUUCAGUAGUUAUGAACCUGAACUAUUUCCUGGCCUCAUUUAUAGAAUGGUUAAGCCAAGGAUUGUCUUGCUUAUUUUUGUAUCUGGAAAAGUGGUAUUAACAGGUGCCAAAGAGCGUUCUGAAAUCUAUGAAGCAUUUGAAAACAUCUAUCCCAUUUUAAAGGGUUUUAAAAAAACCUAA